AGGGGGCCGGUCACCAUGGCAACGACCCCCGGGCCGGUCACCAUGGCAACAACACCAGCAGGGGCCAACAAGGGCUGGACGAGCUGGACACGCUGGCUACUGUUGGUACCGGGACCUUCGGCCGGGUGUUCCUGGUCAAGGACAAGAAGAGCAAGGCGUUCUUCGCGCUGAAGCAGAUGAAGAUCUCAGACGUGAUCCGGCUGAAGCAGGAGCAGCACGUCCACAACGAGAAGGAGGUUCUGACGGAGGUCGUGCACCCGUUCCUCAUCCGGCUGUUCUGGACGCACCACGACGAGCGUUUCCUCUACAUGCUGAUGGACUACGUCCCCGGCGGUGAGCUCUUCAGCUACUUACGCAGCCGCGGCAGGUUCAGCAACGCCACCGGCCUCUUCUACACCUCCGAGAUCGUGUGUGCCAUCGAGUACCUGCACUCCAGAGAGAUCGUGUACCGGGACCUGAAGCCGGAGAACAUCCUGCUGGACAGCGAGGGACACAUCCGCCUCACCGACUUCGGCUUCGCCAAGAAACUCUCCGACAGGACCUGGACUCUGUGCGGGACCCCGGAGUACCUGGCCCCGGAGGUGAUCCAGAGCAAGGGCCACGGCCGGGCGGUGGACUGGUGGGCCCUGGGGGUCCUGGUGUUUGAGAUGCUGGCCGGGUAUCCGCCUUUCUUCGACGACAAUCCGUUUGGCAUCUACCAGAAAAUCCUGUCUGGAAAACUGGAGUUCCCUCGUCACCUGGACUUCUACGUAAAAGAUCUCAUCAAGAAGUUCCUGGUGAUCGACCGAGCCCGGAGGCUCGGGAACAUGAAGAACGGAGCUGACGAUGUGAAGAAACACCGGUGGUUCAAGACCGUGGACUGGGAGAACGUUCCCCUCAGGAAGAUGAAGCCUCCCAUCGUCCCCAAAGUUUCCCACGAAGGCGACACGUCCAACUUCGACGUUUACCCGGAGGACGACUGGAAGAAGGACCCGCCCGUCCCCCCGAAGGACCUGGAGUUUUUCAAGAACUUCUGAGUCCCAGGGACAUUUCUGUCCUGAUUGGCUGCUGGGACUUUCCCCCGGGACGGGGACGUAACGGGAUACUGGUACUUUUGGGAGGAAACCACUCAUUUAUCACCCGGACGAUGGACGAUGUCCGGGGACGAGGACGGACUCGUACGAAACACUAACAUCCGCUUCUCUGUCGGUCUUCUGUUCCUGAAACUACGGUGGCCGAGACCCGCCAUCGCUGAAAAUAAAAGAAACGCUG